CAAGGUGAUCAUCGUACAUAGUCAAAGAUUUGAUUAUGGCCGCCGCCGCUCCUCCGCCGAACCCUGUUCCGGUCGCCUACCAGGCCUUCACGUCGUCCGCCGUGCCCGACUGGCUCAACAAGGGCGACAACGCAUGGCAGAUGGUGUCCGCCACGCUCGUCGGCCUCCAGAGCGUGCCGGGCCUCGUCAUCCUCUACGGCAGCGUCGUCAAGAAGAAGUGGGCGGUCAACUCCGCCUUCAUGGCCCUCUACGCCUUCGCCGCCGUCGUCCUCUGCUGGGUCACCUGGGCCUACAAGAUGUCCUUCGGCGACAAGCUCCUUCCCUUCUGGGGCAAGGCCGGCCCCGCCCUCGGCCAGAAGUUCCUCAUCAAGCAGGCUGUCUUGCCCGAGACCACCCACUACCACAAGAACGGCACGCUCGAGACCGCCACCAUCGCUCCCUUCUUCCCCAUGGCCUCCAUGGUGUGGUUCCAAUGCGUGUUCGCCGCCAUCACGCUCAUCCUCCUCGCCGGGUCCGUGCUCGGGAGGAUGAACAUUAAGGCGUGGAUGACGUUCGUCCCGCUCUGGCUGACCUUCUCUUACACGGUGGGCGCCUUCAGCUUGUGGGGCGGCGGCUUCUUGUUCCACUGGGGCGUCAUGGACUACUCCGGCGGCUACGUCAUCCACCUCUCCUCCGGCAUCGCCGGCUUGACCACCGCUUACUGGGUCGGACCGAGAUCGACCAAGGAUAGGGAGAGAUUCCCUCCGAACAACGUGCUGUUGAUGUUGGCGGGGGCAGGACUGUUGUGGAUGGGGUGGGCGGGGUUCAAUGGGGGAGACCCGUACACGGCGAACAUCGACUCGUCCAUGGCCGUUCUCAACACCAACAUAUGCGCAGCGACCAGCCUCCUGGUGUGGACGUGGCUCGAUGUCAUCUUCUUCAAGAAGCCAUCCGUCAUCGGAGCCGUCCAGGGCAUGAUCACCGGCCUCGUCUGCAUCACCCCGGCCGCAGGUCUCGUCCAAGGAUGGGCGGCCAUAAUAAUGGGGAUCCUGUCGGGAAGCGUCCCGUGGUUCACCAUGAUGAUCGUGCACAAGAGGUGGACUUUGCUCCAGAAGAUCGACGACACCCUCGGGGUCUUCCACACCCACGCCGUGGCUGGCUACCUCGGCGGCAUCCUCACCGGCCUCUUCGCUGAGCCGGAGCUCUGCGCCCUCUUCCUCCCCGUCACCAACUCGCGGGGAGGCGUCUACGGGGGCUCCGGCGGGGUCCAGGUCCUGAAGCAAAUCGUGGGCGGGGCAUUCAUCAUCGGUUGGAACGUGGUGGUCACCUCGGUCCUGUGCGUGGCGAUAAGCUGGGUGAUACCGCUGCGGAUGCCGGAGGAGCAGCUGCUGAUCGGGGACGACGCGGUGCACGGGGAGGAGGCCUACGCAUUGUGGGGGGACGGGGAGAAGUACGACUCGACCCAGCACGGGAUGUUUUCGGACGAUACCACGCACCACAAAGCACCUAGUGGCGCGACACAAGUGGUGUAAUGUAGCGUAUGUGGCGAGAUACGGGGAUGGGAGAAUAAAUAGGCGAUUAUUUUUUAGCAUAGACAGAUAAAAUAGAUGGUGAUUUGCGUAAGUCAAUGGUUUUAUUGACUUUUAUUUCGUGGUUUUAACAUAGUUUUGUACAUGCGUUCCUUGUUCUAAACGGGGACAUUGUCCUUCUGGUUUUAAGAGAACCGAAUCGGCCG